AUGCGAGAGCUGGGGUGCGAGCUUUUAGUUGCGACGCCAGCGUUUGGAGAGGUAUCCACCACUUCUAUGUGCGUGGGGUGUCCUAUGGAGGUGGCAGGCCGUAGGUUCAGGCUGAAUCUCAUAUGCUUGCCGAUGCAGGGUUUAGAUGUGAUUCUGGGCAUGGAUUGGUUGUCGAGUAACCAUGUCGUCAUUGAUUGCGGGCAACGCAAGAUAGUGUUUCCUGAUACGGUGGGGUUAGAACUUAUCUCGUCUAAUCAGGCGGUGAGGGAGAUUGAGGCUGGAGCUACAUGUUACAUGAUUGUGGCUCAGGCAGAGAAGAUGAGCACGGCCGAGCAGAUCAGUAGGAUCCCGGUAGUGGAUGAAUAUGCAGAUGUAUUUCCGGAUGAGAUUCCAGAACUAUCGCCUAGUAGGGAUGCAGAUUUCUCCAUUGAUCUCAUCCCUGGCGCUGGGCCAGUUUCUAUGGCACCGUACAGAAUGGCGCCUGCUGAGUUAGUUGAGCUAAAGAAACAGAUUGAGGAUCUGCUUGAGAAGAAGUUCAUCUGA